AUAGGUUAGUUAUAAGUUGUACCCACCACCAUACACGUCACCACCACCUUCAUAACAUUGCGUGGUGUGAACAUAUAUUUUGUUUGUUUCAUUAGUUACGCGACGUUGACCUUUCAACUUUCUUUCUGUCUUAGAAAAUGGGUAAUUCUUUUGGAUGUUCCGCCUCCGGCGAGAGGCUUGUAUCGGCGGCGAGAGACGGCGACCUUGUGGAGGCAAAGAUGCUUUUGAGCUGUAACCCUUGUCUUGCUAAGUACUCCACUUUUGGUGGUCUCAAUUCCCCUCUUCAUUUUGCAGCUGCAAAGGGUCAUAACGAGAUUGUGACAUUGUUGCUUGAGAAUGGAGCUGAUGUUAAUUCAAGAAAUUAUUCUGGUCAGACGGCCUUGAUGCAAGCUUGUAGAUAUGGCCAUUGGGAAGUUGUACAGACACUUCUACUCUUCAGAUGCAAUGUUAUAAGAGCAGAUUAUCUCAGUGGGAGGACAGGUCUUCACUUUGCAGCCAUGAAUGGGAAUGUAAGAUGUAUUAGACUUGUUGUGGCUGACUUUGUUCCAAGUGCUCCUUAUGAAGCUAUACGUGCUCGCUUAGACGCUGACAUGGGUGGUGGAUCAAAUGUGAAAGGCAAACAUGAACUAAGUGCCCUGUCCAAGUUUGUAAAUAAGACAGCUGAUUGUGGUAUCACUGCCCUUCAUAUGGCUUCAUUAAAUGGAUACUUUGAUUGUGUGCAAUUGCUACUUGAUCUUAAUGCAAAUUUGUCUGCUGUGACAUUUCAUUAUGGAACAUCAAUGGAUUUAAUAGGGGCUGGAAGCACUCCUUUACAUUAUGCUGCUUGUGGGGGCAAUUUAAAAUGCUGUCAGAUCCUCCUUGCAAGAGGUGCAAGUCGGAUGGCUUUGAAUUGCAACGGGUGGCUUCCUCUUGAUAUUGCUAGAAUGUGGGGGCGUCAUUGGCUUGAACCGUUGCUUGCACCAAGUUCUGAUGCCAUAACACCUGCAUUUCCUCAUUCAAAUUACUUGUCCUUGCCUCUCAUGAGUGUUCUCAACAUAGCCAGAGAGUUUGGAUUGCAAUCAUCUACAACAUCCUCUGAUGAGAUUGACUUUUGUGCUGUAUGCCUGGAGAGACCAUGUUCAGUGGCAGCAGAAGGAUGUGGACAUGAACUUUGUGUGAGAUGUGCACUCUAUCUUUGCUCCACAAACAAUGUUUCUUCCGAAACGCAUGGCCCGCCCGGCUCUAUUGCCUGCCCCCUUUGUCGACAUGGAAUUGUCUCAUUCGUCAAGUUGCCAGGUUCCCAAGCAAAAGAAAGUAAACUACAUGUGUCUCUUGGCCUCUGCACCCCAUGCAUGCUACAUCCACGUGACGUAGAUCAGCCGUCACUUUCUCACACUCCGGAGAUCCCAAGAAACUGCGAUGAUGCUGUUCCUUCAGAGUUACUAUGCCCCGUCACAUGUAGUCCAUUUCCAUCUAUGGCAAUACCUCUAUGCACCUGCAGUGAAGGUUCAUGUCCAUCAUUUGAACCCCGAGGCAUAGAAACACGAGACGGGUCGCCUCAUCACUCACAAGCAUCGACGAUCGAUCAGGAUAAAAUUGAAGGUCUAGAUAAAACAACUUGCUCGAACAUGUUUUGGGGUAGAAGAAGUUGCAGCAGGGAGCACCAAUGCAAUUCAGAAAUAAAUGCUUGAAACCAUUUUGUGCGUGUGAAUAUUAGGUACAUUUUCAAUCGACAGAGCUGUCCACGGCUUCUCUUGCUAACCGGUCUCAAAUGAUGGAACUCGGUGGAUAUAUCAGAAAGACGAAAAGCUGCUAUGCAGAUACAGUUCUUUGGUAUUUCAGCUACUCAAACCACAUUCUGCAUGCUCUCUUAUGAGUUAUGAUAUGUAAGUGAGCUUGUGUAAAAUUAGUUUCAGGAGAUUGUGAUUGUGAUUUAUUGUUUUGGAUUUCGUUUUAUCAAAGAAAGGUGUUUUUUAAGACUAGAAAAUUUAGCUUAUGUAUCAGAUUAGGAGCAUCUGGAUAUUAUGCGUGCCACUAAUUUUAUAGAUUCACAAAGCACAAAUCUAGGGACUGGAAUGACUUGCUGAUGAAAUUAUAUUUAUACCUUCUUUUUUUGACUAUAAGGUUUAUGUCAUCAACAUUUACGCCUCUGAAAUACUAGUUUAAAUUUGUAUGAUGCAA